CAAGCAACCGACCGAGGAUGAGUCGGCAGUUGGCACUGCCCCUCCGCUCGCUACCACCGUCGAGGGCGGGAUACGUGCACGCGUUACCAUGGGGCUUGCCGCUCCACCACCUCAAGGGCCAGAGCACGCCGCUGCCUAGGAUCACCAUCGACCGGUAUGGCUACCCACGGGUGGAGCCACAGGAGACGCGUGACCUGCCCCGCCCUCCCGAGGAGAACAUUCACCGUGAGGUCCUGCGAGCGUGCGCCCUCGCCUCGGCCCUGCUCUUGCUGUUCGUGGUCGUGUUGGGCACGGCGAUGCUCGUGUACGGCGCACGCAACCUCUUCGGCCAGGUCGAAGACCACACAACAGAUGAUGGUGGAGCUACCCUCGUCUACUACAGGAAGCCAAGCUUGCCCAGAGAGACGCAUGGCUACAAUAACACCACACACAGUCGAGGUGGUGACGAGCCCGACGCUGGCAUUUCGGCCGAAGACGGCGUGCACAUGGCGACAGCACCGUACUAGCCCCGCUUUGGCGUAAUCGCGUUUUGAGCAGCGUAUAGACUGUGUGUAUCUUUUAAUGCCCGGAAACACCUUCUUUCUCUAGUACGCUGUUUGAAUCAUAUUCCUGGAUAAAUAUUUAGUGUACGUUGAAUGUCUUGCAUAAAUUUAAAGGCCUUUCAACAUAAUUCAUGUUA